GACGUCGACGGCGACGGCGACGUGGACACCCUGUUGGCGUCCAACGACGACGACACGGUCGCGUGGUACGAGAACGACGGAUCGCAGUCUUUCACCGAGCGCAUCAUCACGGCGGCGGCGGACAACCCCCGCUCCGCCUUCGCGAUCGACGUCGACGGCGACGGCGACGUCGACGCGCUCGCGGGGUCCAUCAUGGACGACACCGUCGCGUGGUACGAGAACGACGGGUCCCAGUCGUUCACCGAGCGCAUCAUCACGACACUGGCGGUCAAGGCAUUUUCCGUCUUCGCGCUCGACCUCGACGGCGACGGCGACGUCGACGCGCUGUCGGCGUCCAAGGACGACGACACGGUCGCGUGGUACGAGAACGACGGCUCCCAGUCGUUCACCGAGCGCAUCAUCACGACGCUCGCGGACGACGGCCGCUCCGUCUUCGCGAUCGACGUCGACGGCGACGGCGACGUCGACGUGCUGUCGGCGUCCAAGGACGACGACACGAUCGCGUGGUACGAGAAUGACGGCGCCCAGUCCUUCGCGGAGCGCAUCAUCACGACGCUGGCGGACGGCGCCGUCUCCGUCUUCGCGCUCGACGUCGACAACGACGGCGACGUCGACGUGCUGUCGGCGUCCAAGGACGACGACACGGUCGCGUGGCACGCGAGCAACAGCUCCCAGUCCUUCGCGGAGCGCGUCAUCACGACGCUCGCGGACGGCGCCUUCGACGUCUUCGCCGUCGACGUCGACGGCGACGGCGACGUCGACGCGCUCUCGGCGUCCUACGAGGACGACACGGUCGCCUGGUACGAGAACGACGGGUCCCAGUCCUUCGCGGAGCGCGUCGUCACGACGCUCGCGGACGGCGCCCAGUCCGUCCACGCGCUCGACGUCGACGGCGACGGCGACGUCGACGCGCUCUCCGCGUCCUACGAGGACGACACCGUCGCCUGGUACGAGAACGACUGCGCCACGCACGCGCCG